CGGCGGGGAGUCUCCCGUGCGCCCCGCGCUCCCCGCGCCCUAGGCCAGGGGCAGCCCCGCGGACGCGGCCUCGCGCGGUCGGCCGGGCGUGGACGGGGCGGGCCGCGCGGCCCCGCCGGUGUGAAUGGAAGGGUCGGGCCCGGCGGGGACGCCGGCGGCCACGUCCUGAAGCCAGGACUGCACGCCGGCCCCCGCGCCCGCGCCAUGCGGCGGGAGAGGUGCGGCGCCCCCCGCCCGAGCGCCCGGCAUGGAGGUGCUGCGACGCUCGUCCGUCUUCGCCGCCGAGAUCAUGGACGCCUUUGACCGCUCGCCCACCGACAAGGAGCUGGUGGCCCAGGCCAAGGCGCUGGGCCGGGAGUACGUGCACGCGCGGCUGCUGCGCGCCGGCCUCGCCUGGAGCGCGCCCGAGCGCGCCGCGCCGGUGCCCGGAGGCCGCCUGGCGGAGGUGUGCGCGGUGCUGCUGCGCCUGGGGGACGAGUUGGAGCUGAUCCGGCCCAGUGUCUACCGCAACGUGGCACGGCAGCUGCACAUCUCCCUGCAGUCUGAGCCUGUGGUGACCGAUGCGUUCCUGGCUGUGGCAGGUCACAUCUUCUCUGCAGGCAUCACGUGGGGCAAGGUAGUGUCCCUGUAUGCGGUGGCCGCAGGGCUGGCCGUGGACUGCGUGCGGCAGGCCCAGCCUGCCAUGGUCCACGCCCUUGUCGACUGCCUGGGGGAGUUCGUGCGCAAGACUCUGGCCACCUGGCUUCGGAGGCGUGGCGGAUGGACCGAUGUCCUCAAGUGUGUGGUCAGCACAGACCCUGGCCUCCGCUCCCACUGGCUCGUGGCUGCGCUCUGCAGCGUCGGCCGCCUUCUCAGAGCUGCCUUCUUCGUGCUCUUGCCAGAGAGAUGAGCCUUGCACCCCGGCGACGGCCGCAGCCCAGCCCCGGGCCCAACCCAGGAGGCCUGCAGCACCCGGAAAGCAUCUCCCUCCUCCCCACCCGAGCAGGGAGCACUCCACACACCUGCAUGCUGGAGGCCCCGCCCUGAGCCCCUCCCCCUGCAGACCCAGGCCCUCUGUAGAGAGUGAGGGGAGAGGGGCUCCCCUGCGCCCAGAGCCCUGCCUCUUCCCUUUUCCUUCCAGGGCCAGGAAGUCAGGGUCAAGCUCCAGACCCCAGAGGAAGGGACCUGGAACACCAUGCCCUCACUUGAUGCCCUGGGGUCCCAUCCCCAGAAAGGGGCCAUCUCAGGACCUGGCCUGGCCAUAGCUGGAGGAGCUGUGGCGUCUUACUGACCCUGUAAACAGAGCAUAAGGCUCAUGUGCUGGUUGCUGAGCCCAUUUCUGGAGGGAGAGUGUGUCCUGCCCCUGGGACAGUCCUUGUCAGGGGGGGAACAGGUGUGGGGCUGUGGGUGAGAAGGACCAUCCAUGUGAGUUAGAUCCCAGUACGGUUUCACGUUAGUGGAGGGUGAGAGUGACCCCAUCCACUUUCUUUCCUCAUCUGCUUUUCCAUCUUCAUAUGAUCACCCGGGAUGUGCCCUUCAGGGUCCCUAAGAACUCAGAUACUGGGAAAGCCCAGCUCCUGAGGAUGUACCGGAGUCCCCUGCCAACCACAGUUCCCCAGGCCGGGCACGUGAGAGGCGUCCUCCCUGCAGCCCCUCGCCGGCCCCACCCAGCAUCACGCAGCACAGCGCUCAGGAGAUGACCCAGGCUGCGUGCACAGCCAUCCUUCCUCUGUAGCUCCCCAUACCCACCCUGGGGCUCGGCCCUGGAAGGAGGCCUGGCCUUGCAGCCUGCCAUCCAAAAGCCAUCCCCCUGAGCCCUCCCUGCCAGGCUGCAUAUGGGUGGGCCACGUGCCAGCAGGAAAGCUGCAGAAAGCCAGCCACAGAACCAUGUGGAGUUCAUGUCCCACUGGAGGGCAGAGGCUGGUAAUAAACUUCUCCAAACAAUUAUUUUCCUUUUAGACAAA